UCGACGGAAAAUCCUUCUACAAGCAGCACGUGCAGGUAUGAUGGAUGGAACUUACGUCUUCUUCAUCCCGGAGCAUCUUCCUCCAGCCAAUGUCCAGACACCGUGGGUGAAAGGAGAUGAUCUUGACGAGGAGGCCAAAGCAGCGUUCUCAUACGUCUUCCAGAUUACAGUGUCUGAGAUGAUGGGCGCUGAGGUCCAGGCAUUCCGGGAUUUGGUGUCUGCAAAGAUGGCUGAGGCACCAUGGUACUACAACUAUACCCUUGUCAAAGGCAUCAAGGGUUCCGACUAUUCCCCCUUCCUCCACGACGCCGUCUACCUCUACCUGCUGGUGCUGCAUGAAGUUGUCACCGAGGGAGCAGAUCAUCGGAACGGAACGCUGAUAUUUAACAAAGCCAAAGGGAAAUCCUUCCGCGGCAUCACGGGAACUGUGCAGGUGGACAACAACGGUGACCGGGAGCCGGACUACUGGGUGUGGGACCUACAACCAGGAGGACAACACUUCAAUGUGGUCAUUGAGGCCAGACUGACCAGUACGGAUGACCAGAAAAUCCACGUAAUACAGGACGUCGUGUGGGCAACAAGCGACGGCAAACCUCCGCCAGAUGUCCCUGUUUGUGGUUUCUCGGAGGAGUUGUGCCCAAAAGACAGAUCAUAUCGGGUCUUCAUAAUAAUUGUGACAGUAUUAGUGGGUUUCGUCGUCAUCGUGGUCAUCAUCGUAAUUGUUAUCCUUUUCAGGCGUUCAAGCCUAGAACGCAAGUUACAACAACGACUGUGGAUGAUACCAUAUGAUGAUAUUAAGUUCAGCAGGAAUCGUCUGGCUGGCAGUAUAAGUAUGAUAAGCAUAAAUAAUACUGCGUCCAGCCUCCUUAGCUCCUUAAAGCUGGACACUGGAGGGAUUGGUGAAGGUCAAAUAUUCUCAGCGAUUGGGUACUGCAAAGGCAACACUGUGGCGAUCAGGAAAAUAGAGUACACCAUCAACGUCUCAACGAUGUCAAGACAAGACAUGCUCCAACUCAAAGCUAUGAAAGAUUUGCGCCACGAGAACGUCAAUGCAUUUAUUGGCCUUUGCGUUGAUGACCGGUUGCCAUGUUGGCUCACGCUCUACUGUUCUAAAGGUAGCUUACAGGAUAUUAUAGGUAAUGAAGACAUCAAGUUAGAGUGGAUGUUCAAGAUGAGUCUAAUCACCGAUGUGGUCAAUGGUUUAUGCUACAUUCAUUCAUCACCUCUUCGCCACCAUGGCAACGUAAAGAGCAGCAACUGUGUAGUUGACAACCGCUGGGUACUUAAACUAACCGAUUUCGGCAUGAAACACUUGCGACGUCCUUCAGAGUAUCAACUUUUUCAAGGGCAAUUCUGGACAGCCCCGGAGGUGCUGCGUUCUAAAGACCCCAUGGCUCCGACUCAGCUUCAGAAGGCGGACGUAUACAGCUUUGGUGUUAUAAUGUACGAGAUCUUGCAACGCUGUCCACCUUAUGAUACAGAUGAGUACACACCCGAAGAGAUUAUUGAGAACCUAACACAACCACGAAACCCUUUGUUCCGCCCUGACACUGGCAACCACCUCCAAAACGAGCCUGAGUCCAGCCUUGAAGACGUCCCUGAAUCAGCCGUGGUAUUGAUGAAAAGUUGUUGGGGGGAAGUCCCUGACACGAGACCCUCCUGUACAAGUAUCAAGCAAACAUUGUUUUCACUGAACAAGGGCAGGAAGCUGAACAUCGUCGAUAACAUGAUCCUGAUGCUGGAGAAGUACGCCAACAACCUUGAGGAAAUCAUCGAGCAGCGGACUAGCGACCUCGUGGAAGAGAGGAAGAAGUCGGAUACGUUGCUGUUCAGGAUGCUGCCAGUUUCAAUAGCAGAAAAAUUGAAACGAGGCUGUAAGGUUGAAGCGGAGAUCUUCGAAUCUGUUACUGUGUAUUUCUCCGAUAUAGUUGGCUUUACCGAUUUGUCUGCCAGAAGCACUCCUAUACAGGUAGUCGACCUUCUCAAUGACUUGUACACCAUGUUCGACACCAACAUCAGCCACCAUAACGUGUACAAAGUGGAGACCAUCGGAGACGCCUACAUGGUUGUCAGUGGACUUCCAGACAGAAACGGCAACCGCCAUGCGACUGAGAUUGCCAACAUGGCACUCGACUUGUUGCAGUCGAUUGGAAGUUUUAGAGUUUCACAUUGUCCUGAAUACCAAAUGAAGCUGAGGAUAGGACUUCACACUGGUAGUUGUGCUGCAGGGGUGGUCGGGAACAUCAUGCCUAGAUACUGUCUUUUUGGCGAUACGGUCAACAUGGCCGCCAGAAUGGAAUCAAACGGAGAAGCAUUGAAGAUACACAUGAGCGACGUUACUGCCAGAAUCCUGCAGGAAAAGGAGAGCUACAACAUCUCACGACGAGGGGAGAUUGAAGUUAAGGGCAAGGGCAUACAGACAACAUAUUGGCUCUGUGCGAGGAAUUGACAACAUUGAUGACGUUCGUGAAAACAAGUGUUUGCCAGCUGCCGUCAAAAACAAAUAGUUUGUUCCAGAGUUGAUAAACAUACCAGGAAGUACAAAACUAUUGACGUCAGACUUUUUAAUAGGCUUUGUAAGAGCCCAUUGACAGCUUCUUAAGACACUCUAAGGAUGGAUUCUGGUCGCUCAAUACAUAUAUCACGUAAUAUAAUUUUAUUAUUUUGUAACCGCGAAACGGCAAAAUCAAGAAAUGUGACAAUCUAACGUUUAAACAAUAUAAAGAAAUAUUUUUGCAUCAUAAUAGUAUUCAUGAAUGUAUUUUGUAUUAAACCUGUGCAAUA